AUGAGCUACAAGGGCAGUUGCUAUGGGGGCCUGGGCUAUGGCUAUGGCUCUGGUUAUGGCUGUGGAUGUGGCAGCUACCGUGGCCUGGGCUAUGGCUAUGGAGGCUGUGGAGGCUGUGGUUGUGGAGGCUAUGGAUAUGGUGGCUAUGGCUACGGAGGCCUGGGCUGUGGAAGCUAUGGCUACGGAGGCCUAGGCUAUGGAGGCUAUGGUAGUUAUGGCUGCUGCCGCUCAUCUUGCUGUGGAAGAUAUUCUGGCUGCUACUAA